AUGGAGUUAGGUACUGACAUGCCAUUGUUGGGCAUCAUUGUUGCUAAUAGGGAAGUGGUUCAACAACAAGUAGAUGGCGUUAACUGCGGCGUACUUACCUGUGUCUAUGCAGAACGUCUUGCAAGAGGUAUUCCACGAAAUAAGAAGAGCCAACACAAUCAUUUCUUCGAUCUGCGAGGCUACAAAUUGACGAAUGCCGUAGAAAUGGCUUUGUUGUAA